AUGACUGUCGUCAAAGCAGACCACGUAACAAAGUCCGGCGCGGCUGUCCUGUCCUUCACGCCCGUCCCCGCAAGCCCCAUCGGCGCCGCCCUCGACCCGGAAAAUGCCCCGACCCUCUUUAAGCCGCUCAAGAUGCGCGGCGUCACGCUGCACAACCGCUUCGCCGUGGCGCCCAUGUGCCAGUACUCGGCGUUCGACGGCCACCUCACCGAUUGGCACUUUGCCCACCUCUCGCAGUACAUGAUCCGUGGGAACGCCCUCACCAUUGUCGAGGCCACCUCCGUCACCCCCAACGGCCGCAUCAGCCCAGAGGACUCUGGCCUCUGGCAGGACAGCCAGAUCGAGCCCCUUCGCCGCCUCGCCAACUUUGCCCACUCCCAAGGCCAGAAGUUCGGCAUACAGCUCGCUCAUGCUGGUCGCAAAGCGAGCACUGCCUCUCCCUGGCAGCCACCCCGCGAUGUCGGCCGCAUCACGGCCGGCCCAGAGCACGGCGGCUGGCCUGACAACGUCUGGGCCCCCUCGGCAAUCCCCUUCGACCAUCAGUACCCUUCACCCAAGGAGAUGACGCUCGACGACAUCCGGACACUACUGCAGGCCUUCAAAGACGCUGCCCGGCGCGCCGUGGCGGCGGGCAUCGACGUGAUCGAGAUCCACAGCGCCCAUGGCUACCUGCUCACCGAGUUCCUUUCACCAACGAGCAACAAGCGCACCGACCAUUACGGCGGUAGUUUCGAGAACCGCACGCGCCUGCUGCUCGAGGUCAUUGCCGGAGUGCGCGAGGUGAUCCCGGAGACAAUGCCGCUGUGGGUCCGCAUCUCGGCCACCGGGUGGAUGGAGUACACGGGCGAGCCCAGCUGGACCAUCGAAGACACCAUCAAGCUCGCCAAGCUACUGCCAGCCGCGGGCGUCGACCUACUCGACGUCAGCUCCGGCGGCAACAACGCUGCAGCCAAGAUCAGCAUGCACACAUACUACCAGAUCGACCUUGCGGGCAAGAUUCGGCAGGCCAUCAAGGAGGCUGGGCUGGACCUCCUGAUUGGUGCAGUCGGCAUGAUUACCGAGGCCGAGAUGGCACGAUCCAUCGUGCAGGAGACUGGCAGCGGCAGCGGCAAGCCCGCAGAGGCAUCGAACGGCACGGUUGAGGUUGAGGAGGAGUCUGGAGCCACGACGCAGGCCGACGUCGUCUUGAUUGGUAGGCAGCUCUUGCGGGAGCCCGAGUUCCCACUGCGUGUCGCGCACAAGCUGGGCGUGCCGGUCGUGUGGCCAAAGCAGUACAUGCGCGCUGGCUGGCGGAGGGAGCAGCAGUUGUAG